AGCUUAUCAAUUUUCACUUUGAGUACAGAGAUAAGAGAUGCUUUGGCAUGUUUUCACUUUAAUGUGCUGUAGACAUGAUAGAUGUCGCACGCUUCACAUAGGAAGUUGAUUUGUAGAGAAAAACAAUUGCAUUUCUUAGUACAGUUGAAAAUACGAAAGUGAAUAUACACGCCACUAAUUGUUUUAUUAAAUCUUAUUUGUAAAAAAGGAAGGAAGAGGAAAUUUAAUAGUUAUGGCAUCAAAAAGAUUUGAUUUAUAUAAACGCUGCUUUUUUAUAUUAAGCGGCAUAUCGAAUCCCUUGGGAAAAACUUUAACCAUAGAAAUGUGUCGUCGAUUCAAGGCAGGCUCCGUAGCUGUGUUAAUAGAUGAUUCUGAAGAGAAUCUGCAGGAAUUGAAAAAAGAGUUGGAGUUUCUUGAAAACGAUGUGGAAAUUGUUUGCUGUGACAUUGGCGACUGGCAAAAAGUUUCUGGAGCAACUUUCAGAGAAAUACUUGCUGCCUCAGUUAACAAUUACAUAGUAGAUGACUUUGAAUUGGCAUUUAUUCUACAUAAUGAAGGACUUAAUGCCACAAGUAAAUUAAUAGAACCACAAAUUGCUAAGGAUUGGAAAUUAUAUGUUCAAGAGAAUCUUUACGCACCUGUAGCUUUAAACCAGGAAUUUCUAAGAUUUAUGCAUUUCGAUGGCGUGAAAAAAUUGUGUGUCAAUAUAACUUCAAGCCUACAAGUGAAACCAAUUGUAUACAGUUCAUUGAUGGGGUCAUGCAAAAAGGCUCGUGAUAUGUAUUUUCGUGCUAUGGCUGCUGAAGAAGGUCGUAAUGGUGUUACUGUCUUAAACUAUAUGCCUGGUAUACUUGCUACUCAUGAACCUGAAUUGGAUGUAAAUGGUAACUUGGUGGAAGUAAACGAAUUGAAUAUGGAUGAAACAUUACUAAAUAUACCACGUGUUAGACCUAUACAGACAACUUUGAAACUUAUUAAUAUUUUAGAAGAUAUGUCCUUUAUAUCUGGGCAUGAUCUCGAUUAUUACGACACCUAUGUUUUAUGAGUAGUACUUGAAAAAUAUUAUCAGAUAUAUAUACGUUUUAUAUUUGAUGAUAUUUUUCAUUUGUAUAAAUUGAUGGCGAAUCAUAGCAAUGAUAAUAUUGAAAAUGUAAAUGAUAUUUUAAAUAAAAUUUUGAUGAUGUUUGGGGGUGAAAUGAAUGGCAACGGA